AUGAGGUCAAAACCAUCGACUUUCAAGUGCACGGCCUUUAAGGAACUUAAUCUCGGUGAAAAAUACCGAAUUGUCAACGACAAUAAGCUAUGUAGAAAUUGUCUCUACGUACACAAAUCUCCGUGGACUAGUAAAAAUCGAUGUAAGAAAACAGGGUGCAAUAAACCUCAUCACACCUUGCUUCAUCCCCACAAAAAAUCCAAAGAACCUGACGCCGCAGAGAAAGGUCAAUCCUUACAGCUGCCAACUAAACAAUGCUUUGUUAACAUCGGAGCAGUUGACGAAACGAGCACUGCUUCGGAAAAAUACGUCAAAGCUACUUUCUUUUCAAAUUACAAUAAUACUGAAUAUCAAUUAAACUUUUUGAUUGUACCAAAAAUCGUGGAAAGAGUGCACAAUGAAACUUUUCCUCGAGAAAAAUUCAAUAUUCCCAAAAAUAUAAAAUUAGCCGAUCCACAAUUUCACGUUCCUAGACCUAUCGACGUCCUUUUAGCGUCUGGUCCCACAUUGUCCUCCUUUGCAAUUGGUCAGAUCAAACUAGGUAACGAAAAUUCCAAAAUUACUCUCCAGAAAACUUCGUUUGGUUGGAUAGUCGCUGGUGGUUCGAUGAACAAUAGCCCUCUUAACUCUGUUUCAUGCAACGUCGUAAAACUGGAUCAACUGUUGGAAAGAUUGUUGACCACUGAAGAUCUUGACUAUCAGCCGGUCAAGUCUCGUGACGACGUAAUGUGCGAAGAACAUUACGUUCAAAAUACAACUCGCGAUAGCUCAGGCCGUUACACUGUUCGUUUACCCUUCCGCUCUGGUAACUUCGAAUUAGGUUCAACUAGAAACCAAGCUUUACACCAAUUCUAUGCUUUAGAAAGGAAAUUUAAGGCGAAUCCCGCUUUCCGAACCGAAUACGAAAAGGAAAUGAACGGGUAUGUCGAGUUAGGCCACAUGACCUUGUGCGAAGAUGACAACGAUGAUGGGUAUUACAUACCUCAUCACGCGGUCGUCAAAGAAACAAACGAUACCUAUAAGCACAGGGUAGUAUAUAAUGCCUCCGCAAACUCCACGACCGGUACUUCGCUAAAUAAACUUUUGCUGGCCGGCCCCACUAUUCAAAAGCCCUUGCAUCACCAGCUGUUGAGUUUCCGUACUCAUCCUUAUGUCAUUACUGCAGACAUAGAGAAAAUGUAUCGUCAAAUUUGGAUUCACCCUGAUGAUAGAAAAUUUCAGAAAAUUUUCUGGUAUCACGAAGGAAAAAUUCGGACCUUUACGCUGAAUACUGUCACUUUCGGACUUGCUAAGGAUGAAGAACACAAUUUUCCCCGAGCUUCUCAGCUUCUUCGUCGCGACUUCUACGUCGACGAUUUUCUUUCAGGUGCUGAUACCUUAGACGAUAUCAUGGCAAUUCGUGAUGAAAUGAUAGCUCUCCUAAGUCGUGGAGGGUUUGUCAUACGAAAAUGGUCUUCGAAUCAUCCGUCUGCUUUAGAUAAUAUCGACAGAAAAAUUUUCGAUCUAGAUUGUGGAAUCCAAGGAAACCCCAUCGAGAAAACUCUCGGGGUCGUCUGGGAUUCUCAACGUGAUGUCUUUACUUAUUUGGUAAACCCACCGAACUCUCAAUCUAUUUCCUCCAAGAGAAAAUUAUUAUCUCAGGUAGCAAAGGUUUUCGAUCCUCUAGGUUUGGUAGGUCCGUUGAUCUUCCAUACCAAAACCCUGAUUCAAGAUUGUUGGCGAGCAAAAAUUACUUGGGACGAGUCGUUACCGCAAGACAUCCACACGAAGUGGAGUGCGGUAGCAGAUCAACUUCCAAAAUUGAAGGAAAUUGUCUUUCCACGAUAUUUAGGAUGCUCAAACCCCAUUUCUUCGAAAUGCACGGUUUCUGCGAUGUAUCUAUGUAUGGAUAUGGCGCGUGUUUAUUCAUUCGUUCAAGCGAUUCACUAG